CGGCCGGCGACUGGCCAUGCCGGGCGGGUGCCCGGGCCCGCCGGACCCCGGGUGGCCGGGCAGGGAUGGCCACCGGGAGCCAUCCGGGAGCACGGCACUGGGGCCGCUCCCAGCGCGGCGGGGGACAGUGGGGUGCCACAGUAAGAAACCAAGAUGCUCCUUAAGGAAAGGAUCCCUGCCCAGGACAUGUGAUGGAGCACCGUGGAUAAGGGAUCCACGCUGAAGGCCAGGACAUGUGGUAGGAACCAGCACAUCCCACUGAAGAGCGAGAGCCGGUCGUGCUGCACAGCCCGGGGUGCUGUGGGAGGAUCAGGACAUGUGCCACCUCAGCUGCCUCCUCUCGGGACUCCUCCUCAUCCUCGGCACCACCAGCACCGAUGGCUUUGCCCGGGCAGGCCGCAGGGUCUGUGCCGCGGCGCCGCAGAGCCGGGCGGGCGCCUACACCGAGUCCCACGUCCAGCCCGUCUACCAGCCCUACCUCACCACCUGCCAGGGCCACCGGGUCUGCAGCACCUACAGGACCAUCUACAGGGUUGCCUAUCGGCAGAGGUACAGGCAGCUGCCCGAGCCCGUGGCCUCAUGCUGUCCCGGCUGGAGCAGAGCAAACACCCACACACUCAGCUGCAACAGAGCUCUCUGCUGGGUGCCGUGCCAGAACGGCGGGAGCUGCACCUUCCCUGGCAGAUGUGCCUGCCCACCCGGCUGGACGGGGCGAGCCUGCCAGACAGAUGUGGAUGAAUGUGCUGGCCCGAGCCAUGGCUGCAGCCAGCUUUGCAUCAACACAGCCGGGAGCUACCGCUGCACGUGCCAGGACGGCUUCACCCUCGCUGCCGAUGACAAGGACUGCCAGCCCCUGGUGCCAGUGCCCGAGGUGGACACCUUCAGCCAAGCAGGUCCCUCCAGUGAAAUGAAGGAAGAAAUGAACGACCUGAGGAGCCGAGUGGAAGCGCUGGAGCAGAAACUCCAGCUGGUGCUGGCCCCCUUCCACAACCUCAUGCCGUCGGCGCCGGAGGACGUCGGCACAGACCCCAUCAGCCGACUGUCCCACUCCCUCCAGCAACUGGACAGAAUUGACUCCCUGAGCGAGCAGAUCUCUUUCCUGGAGGAGCGGCUGGAGACGUGUAAGUGCCUGGAGAAAGCAGGGCUGAAGGAUUUCCCUCCACCCACACCGGCCACGGUUCCUGCAAGAACGAACUUUAGUGGAACACCCGAGGCCUUGGAACAAGCCGAGUGCAUCCGCAGCUCUUAUCUCACUCUCCAGCCCCAGGCUGGGGACGAAGCCACAUCAUCUACAGGAAGGCACAGGGUACCAGGAGAAGGCUGGUUUCCCAUCAGCAUCUCCGUAAUUUUCUCUUCCAGCUCACCUUAUCAAAGGUCACACAGUUACUUCCAAACUGGACUCUGAGCUCUCUGCAUCUCCCCCUUUCCUGCUGGAGAGGCAGCAAAUAAAUGCCUUACCUCGUGCCACGAGUGCCUGGCUGUGCCAGAC